UCUUUCGACACACUCGAUCAGGCGUUACACAUUUGCUUGUUGGCGGUGCGGAGGAGGGGCAACCAGCACCUCGUGCCACGUGACGAAACAGUCGGGGUCAUUCCCGAUUUGUCCUUCAUAAGCGCGCCGCGGAAGACUCGGGUGCCACAAGCAGUCUGUGUGAAGUAGGCGUUCGGCAGCUACACGGAUUAACUGGAAGGAGACCAACCACGGUCGCCAGCAUGACUCGGAUCAGCUUCUUCACGCUAACGGUUUUCGCGCUUAUUGGCUACGUAUACUGCGCGUCCACGCGUGAGACAGACUGCCAACGUCGUCGUCGCAACGAGCAGCGCGCGACCAGGAACCUGACUGGCCUGCUGGUCCCCGAGUGCGAUGAAGACGGAAACUACAAGGCCAUUCAGUGCUUCGGGGAAACUGUCCGCGGAGGACGGCCCUUCUGCGCAUGCUACGACAACGAGUUCGGUCAGAUCAAGGGCCCUUCGAGGAACCUGAGGUCGUGCAACUGUAUCAGGGCGCACCACGAGUGGGAGCGCCAAUCCCGUUCUCAGCGAGUACCGGAGCCACGUUGCGAUGCUACCUCUGGAGAGUACAAUGCCGUGCAGUGCGACGUUACCUCACAUUGGUGCGUUGAACCGGACUCCGGCCGUCAACUGGGUGAAAGGCAGUCUGGUGGAUGUUCUGACAACCUGUCUUCCGUCAGCUGCGGUGUCGGUGGUACGCACCAUGGUCACGACGCGCCUCACACUGGCUAUCGCAGUGGCGAUCACAGCGCAUCCAAUGGCGAUCAUCACCGAGGCACUUCUCACCAUGGUACAUCCGCCCACGACGACCGCACUUCCCAACGCAGUGGCAGCUCUGGUUCUCGUGGCUCAUCUGGAUCUUCUGGCCACGAUCAAUCCAGUAGCCACAGCUCCGGAUCCUCCCGCGGCAGCUCUGGAUCUUCUAGUCACAACGAUGAUAGCCACCAGGCCAGUUCCAGCUCGUCUCGCCGAAGAAGUUCGGGACAGUCGAGCAGUGGUACCUCUCAGUCAAGUCGUAACUAAAACGCAUCAAAGCCACGAUUCAACAUUUGUAACAAAGAACAAAUCUAACAGCUCAUGACUGCCUCGUGGUAUUAUAUUCUUUUACAGUAACAAUGUCGUCCGUAAUAAACCAAAGAAACUGA